AUGACGAAAAUAACUCUAAUGAAGAUGAGCGUCUGCGACACGCCCCCGCGAGCUACGGUCACACCUCGCCGAUGCAUGUCCUGUCCGAAUCUGCAGGCCAAGCCUAAGGAAAGCCAUUCGCAGCGCGAUCACUUGGCAAAGUCGAGAUCGGCAGUAUUUCACGAAGAAAAGCGGUGCCCGAACUACUUCAGACCGAAUCCUGUUCUGCACUGUGUACAUUCGAAUCCUGCACAGUCCACUGCAGCUAAGGAAGCGUCGACUGCGAAUGGGAUCGGAAGUGAUCCCUUGGAAGCCCUGAUGAGGCUGUGUUCAUGCCCUGGCCCUUGUCCGCCACCUGCUUGCGCCGGAUGCAACUGCCUGCCGCCACCGUGCAACGUUCCCGCCAAAUGCGUACAGUACAUGACUGGCUACUACUACUACCCGUACGGAACGUGGUUCUGCGGACCUUACCACGUGCAGACUGGACCUUGCGGGCCGUGCGCUGGGCCCAUUCAAGCGGGUGGACCGGGCGGCCCAACAGUAUGCGUUCCAACUUGCGGACCCUGUGGACCUAAUGGGCCCCUCUGCAGCCCGUGUGGAGCUUGCGGCCCUUGUGCGCCGUGUGGGGGUUGUGGACCUUGCGGCCCAUGUGGACCUCUCUGCUGCCUUGUACCGGAGUUGCUGGAUAUCUGUGGGGCUUGUGGAUGCAGGCCUUGUGGACCCUGUGGACCCUGUGGACCAUGCGGUCCAUGUGGACCAUGCGCACCCUGUGGACCCUGCGCGCCUUGUGGACCCUGUGGACCCUGCGCGCCUUGUGGACCCUGUGGACCCUGUGGACCCUGCGGACCAUGCGCAUCCUGUGGACCCUGCGGACCUUGUGGGCCUUGUGGCUCCUGCGGACCUUGUGGCCCCUGUGGACCUUGCGGACCGUGCGGAUGUGGUCCUAGUGGGCCUUGUGCACCUUGUGGACCCUGCGGACCUUGUGGGUAUGGAUGCAGCCCGUGCGGAUGUGGACCUUGCGGAUGUGGCCCUUGUGGAUGUGGCCCCUGCAGGUGUGGCCCCUGCGCCGGCUGCUUCAGCGGCCCAUGCAUGAACUGCCCGUGCGCCCCGCUCCCCGUGUGCGGGCCCGUGAUGCCCGGCGGCCCUGAUGGCCCCGUAGGAACCGACGGUCCUGUCUGCCCCAAGAAUUGUAUCGUGAGCACUUGCAUGGCGUCUAAAGGACUCACCAAGGAAAAAGAACCGUGCUUCUGCGAGGUCUGUCGCAGUGCAAGACAGGCGUCUGCGGAAGCCAGGAAUCCAGAAAUCGUGACUGCAAGGACUUUACCUAUACCACCACCUCCGAAAUGUGACAACAACCCCAACAUAGUUCAGGCAUACCCACUAAAGGCAACUGCCAAAGGCCACAAUCCGUUGCCGCAUGUGACUGCAGUCUUCGCCGCUUUCUUCUCCACAAAGAUUGGGAACAUUGGCGCAGAACAAGCGAUCAAGAACCUACAGGAAUCGUCUACACUGGAGAAACUUCUAGAGGAACCGAAGAGGAAGACUUUAGCUUACCCAAGAACAUACAUAAGGAUUUAG